AUGGCGAGUCCGGCACCACUUCUACGGCCACCUAUCCCAGGUCAAGGCCGCUCGGCGUCAGGGAGUAGAGUGCCUAGGUUAGGGCUAGCGAUACCUGCCAGUCCCAGUCAGAGGCCGGUGAAUAGUGCUGCGGCACCGCCUAUGACUGAUAUGCCACCCACCCUACCUCCUUUGUCGAUACCUGGACGACAGCAGCCGCCGAAGUUGAGUCUGGCCACGCCGAUGGGGACGAGACAGGUACCGCAAGAGAAUGCACAAGGACGAAGACGAGGGCCGCCUUUACAGAUCUCUGGUGCAGGGUUGACACCGAGUGGUGGGAGCAGUGAUGAGUCGGCACAUAGUCGAGACGGGAGCUUUGGUGCCGGUGGUUCGGUCUCAACGGCUUCAUCAUAUUCCAUGAUCAACUUUGCAGAUGUUUUGCGAGAUCCGGACUCGGCUGCUUACUCGAGCAGUUCGGCACAUAGUGGGGUGGGUAUGGAGAGAGAGAAUAGUAUGCAAGGUGCUGCUGUAGAUCUGGAAGAGCAUCUCAAGAAGCUCACACUAGAAAAGGGUGGCACAUUGGAUGCUGAGGAUUUGGACGACCUGGGUUGGAAGGCAGCACGGAAAGAAGGACGAAUACUGGAACUAGGUAGCUUGGGAGAAGGUGCUGGUGGCUCAGUAGCACGAUGUGUGCUCAAAGGCGGCAAGACCGUUUUUGCGUUGAAGAUCAUAACGACAGACCCAAACCCAGACGUCAAGAAACAAAUCUACCGCGAACUCUCCUUCAACAAAUCCUGCGCCUCGCUACACAUCUGCAAAUACUAUGGAGCCUUCAUGGACGACACAGCGGGUAACAUCGGCAUCAGCAUGGAGUUUUGCGAAGGCGGCUCGCUGGACAGUAUCUACCGCGAAGUGAAGAAGCUCGGCGGACGCACGGGGGAGAAAGUGCUGGGAAAGGUUGCCGAGGGCGUCCUCAACGGCCUGACGUAUCUCCACGGCCAUCGGAUCAUCCAUCGAGAUAUCAAGCCGAGCAAUAUCCUGCUUACUCGGAAAGGUGAGGUCAAGUUGUGCGACUUCGGUGUUUCCGGGGAGUUUGGCACGAAGGGGGAUGCGAAUACUUUUAUUGGUACUUCGUAUUAUAUGCCUCCGGAGCGGAUCACGGGACAGAGUUAUACGAUUACUUCGGACGUGUGGUCGUUGGGCGUCACUUUACUGGAGGUGGCACAACAUCGGUUUCCAUUCCCGGCUGAUGGGACGGAGAUGAAUCCGAGAGCGGUGUUGAUCGACUUGCUUACUUAUAUUGUGAGGCAGCCUAUCCCGAAGCUCAAGGAUGAGCCGGCGAAUGGGCUGAAGUGGAGUGCGAGUUUUAAGUACUUUAUUGAGUGCUGUCUCGAGAAGGAAGGCUCAAGAAGAGCUACGCCAUGGAGGAUGAUGGAGCAUCCUUGGAUGGUGGAGAUGAAGACUAAGAGGGUUGAUAUGGUGCAGUUCUUGCGCACUGUCUGGGACUGGCAGGAGUAG